AUGGCACGUCAAGUUUCUGAUAUCAGUUGUACUAGUCAUCGGUCCAAUUCUCUAGUCGUCGCCGUUGAGGGAAAUAUCGGUGCCGGCAAAUCGUCUUUUCUUGAAUAUUGCAGUCAACAUUCCGAACUCAUCUUUCAGUCAUAUCCAGAGCCCGUUGACCAGUGGCAGAGUUUCUUCGGCACGAACGUUCUGUCGGAAUACUAUGGUAAUCCGAGUAAGUGGGCCAUACCGUUCCAGUUGUUGGUGGGAAUGACUGUCGGCGAUAAUUACAGGAAACAGACUUGGAAGCGGGUGAAACUAAUUGAGAGAUCGUUGCUCAGUUCCCGGUAUGUUUUUAUGGAAAACCUUCUGCGUAAUAACGUCAUCGAGCAGGGUAUGGCUGACAUUAUGGGAACCUGGUAUGAUCGUAUGUUGGACGAUGGUGAUCUGAAACCCCAUGUCAUCGGUGGGCUUACCAUUAAACCGGUUUUAUAUUCUGAGUCGUUAAUUAUCGUUCUUCUGUUCUCAUCAGUUUAUUUGCGUACCACUCCGUCUGUUGCUCUGUCUCGCAUUCAAGCUAGACCUCGUAGCGCAGAGAGUUCUGUUACAUUGGGACAAUUGGAGGACAUCCAUAAUUUGCACGAAGAGUGGAUGGAGCAAGUGAAUUUACGAAACUCCGCAUAUGAUGAUCCGGAGUUGCCAGUUUUCACUAUUGAUGCCGAUCUUUAG